AUGGAUAUCUCUCGAAUUAUUAAGCCUUGGUUGCGCCAACCUCACAAGACUUUUGUCUUCGCCAAUGCCACCAUCAUCGAUCCCGUCGAGGGAACUUUGAUUCCCAAUGCGACUGUCCGCGUCUCCGAGGGCAAGAUUGUUCAAAUCGACACCACCGACUCAGCUACUGUUAAGGAAAAUGUCCCCGAGGAGGAUAUUAUCGACCUGAGCGGAAAGUACUUAUGUCCGGGUCUGAUUGAUUGUCACGUUCAUAUCGCCGUCGUGCCGGGAGAGACCGAUUUGCGAGCCUACAAUGAUAUGUCGGAGCGAGUCAGUCUUACUCGGCAACCACAUGUCCUGAGAACUAUGAUUCAGCGUGGUUUCACAUCGAUUCGAGACUGUGGUGGUGCUAGUUUGGCUAUGAAGCAGGCUGUCGAAGACGGUGUCCCUCCCGGUCCUCGUAUGUUCAUUGCUGGAUUUGCGCUUUCUCAGACAGGUGGUCAUGGUGAUAUGCGUGGUCCCCACAAUGAUCAGUUGUGCUGUGGUGGCUCCAUCUCUGGUAUUAGUCGAAUUGUGGAUGGCCCGGCUGAGUGUUACAAAUUUGCCCGAGAUGAGCUUCGUCAAGGCGCGGACUUUAUUAAGAUCAUGGGAGGAGGUGGUGUGGCAAGUCCCACAGAUCGCAUUGAGCAUGUCCAAUUCUCCGAUGAGGAAAUCAAGGCUAUCGUCACCGUGGCCAAGAAUGCAGGCACAUACGUCACAAGUCACAGCUACACUCCCCAGGCAAUUCAACAAGCCAUCAACCUGGGCGUGCGCGGAAUCGAGCACGGAAAUCUGAUCGACCUGGAGACAGCCAAGCUAAUGGCUGAGAAGGGCACAUUCCUCACACCAACCUUGAUCGCCCAUGUUAUGUCCAAGCAGAUGAACUUCCUGCCUGCUGAAAGUGCUGCUAAGAACGACGAAGUUCUCGAAAAGGGACUCCGCGCAAUGAAGAUGGCCGUGGAUGCCGGAGUUACGGUCUGUUUCGGUACUGAUCUUCUGGGUCCCAUGCAUUUCGCCCAGAGCAAGGAGUUCUCUGUUCGCAGCAAGGUCCUCACCCCUCUCCAAAUCCUGCGCAGUGCAACAAUCAAUGCUGCUCGCCUUGUCAUGCGGGAGGACGAAUUGGGUCAGAUUAAGGAGGGAUUCACUGCGGAUAUGUUGGUUCUGAAUGCUAACCCGCUUGAGGAUAUCACUGUCUUGGAUCGGGCCGAGCAGAGCAUUCUGAGUGUUAUUAAGGAUGGCAGAAUUAUGACAUCCCGAUUGGAAAAAUUGGUAGCUGAGCACUAG